UUUGGUUUUCACCCGUCUCUCUCACUUUCUCUCUCACACUCUCUGUCGCGCGGAUCUCGGCUCCGUGACUCGAAGUAACAUGACGACCGAUCCGGAUCGCGCCGCCAAUACGAGCGGCACCGACUCCGUCGAGGACGAGGACGAUAACCAUCGAAAAAUGUUAAAUAGAACCGACGUGUUAGCUGCUCUCCGAGAUGGUAUUACUGCAUCAGGAUUAGAGCCAAUGCAGUCUUUUCCUGCUCCUGUGAAACGCAGGAUCAAGGCACUGAAACAACUGCAGCUUGUCACCACCAAUAUCGAGGCUAAAUUUUACGAGGAGGUCCAUGCCUUGGAGUGUGAAUACUACAAAAUGUGUGCGCCCCUGUACGAGAAGCGAAGUGACAUAAUAUCGGGCGCUUACGAGCCGACUGAUGACCAGUGCGUUUGGGACAGCGAUGAUGAUGAGGAAACGCUAAAUAAUUAUAUGAAGGAGAAGGCAAAGAUCGAGGAGAAUGUAGAGAGAAAGGAUGAAGCGACAGAGAACGAGGAUGACAUUAAAGGCAUCCCAGAUUUCUGGCUAACAAUAUUUAAGAAUGUAAGUACACUGUCUGAAAUGGUUCAGGAACACGACGAGCCGAUCUUGAAGUAUCUACAUGAUAUCAAAGUAAAAUUUCUGCCGGCAAAUCCAAUGGGAUUUAUCCUCGAGUUCUAUUUCACGCCCAACGAAUAUUUCUCUAAUUCGAUGCUUACUAAGGAAUACAUCAUGAAGUGUACUCCGGACAAGAAUGAUCCGUUCAGUUUUGAAGGGCCAGAGAUCUAUAAAUGCAAAGGCUGUGUGAUCGAUUGGAAAAAGGGCAAGAACGUUACGAUAAAAACUAUUAAGAAAAAUCAGAAGCAUAAAUCUCGAGGAUCUAUGCGUACCGUGACGAAAACUGUUCAAAAUGAUUCCUUCUUUAAUUUCUUCAAUCCACCAAAUGUGCCAGAAGACUCGGAAGCCGAUAUGGAUGAUGAGACUCAAGCUCUACUAACCAGCGAUUUCGAAUUAGGCCAUUACAUUAGAGAACGCAUAGUUCCUAGAGCCGUGCUGUACUACACAGGCGAAGUUUUAGACGACGAGGAUGAAGAUUAUGAGGAUGAGGAGGACGGAGAUGACGAGGAGGACGAGGAGGAUGAAGAAGAAGAGGCCUCCUCUCCCGCUAACCCCCCUUCCGGAGGGAAACCAGGCGAUGAUCCCAAUGAGUGUAAACAACAGUAGAAUUACAUUAAUUGUAACGUAAUGAGAGAAAAAAAAGAAACAAUCGUUCGUGCGUUACAGUAUGCAACAACACACUAACGACACCUCUGACCGAUAACUGCCUAGAUAAUCCUGCACCUUGUGGCUCCAAAUGUAAUCCCUGUUCUUCGUGUCAAUCAUCUAAUCAUAUCAUAUCUCCUAUUCCAGAUCAAGCAUAGAAACUCUUCAACAUACCAGUGAUACAAAAAAACUUAAAAAAAAACGAAAUUAUACGUACCACACCUUCCCUAUACUCGCCGUUGACGACGAGUAGAAUGUGCGCCUCAUUAUACCUGUGCUAUAAGGUCUAAUCAUAAGUAUAUGAUAAUUGCUCUCGCUCUCGAACACUAAUUAUUAUCAAUUUUUAAUUGCUUCAUUUUAUACUACUUGUUACGUUUAUAUGCGCCGACAGAGAGGUUGUUUGAAUUCUUUUCCGAGAAAACGCACGUUGCUCUAUGAAUAAAUUUUUGGGUACUGUUGAAGCAUUUUUAAUACAAAA